CGCUAUCCGUCGUACCCCCUUUCAUUUGCAGUCGCGAAACAAAACAAGAAAACAGGAAGUAAGUCAGCUUCCGGUGACGUCACAUUCGCCAUAUUGGUUGUGGGGUGUUGCCGUGAGAGGGCUAUCGUCGGUACAGCAGCCGCAGGCAACUGCCGGCUGGGCGUGGAGGCAUGGCGAUGCUCUCUCUCAAAAUCAGUGUGCCUGAUAACAAGGUAAUCAAAACUAUCCAGUUUGAACCUGGCACACUGGUCUACGAUGCCUGCCGUAUCAUUCGCGACAAAGUUCCAGACUCUGCUCUUGGUGAUGCCAAAGAGUACGGGUUGUUCCUGACAGACGAUGACCCGAAGAAGUCCGGCUGCUGGCUAGAAAAUGGCAAGGCCCUUGGGUACUACCUACUCAAAUCAGGGGACACCCUGGAGUACCGCAAGAAGCUGCGGCCACUCCGUGUACGCAUGCUGGAUGGCUCGGUGAAGACAGUGUUGGUGGACGACAGUCAGCCCAUUGCCAACCUCAUGGUGGUCAUCUGCACCAAGAUUGGUAUCACCAACCACGAUGAGUUUUCCCUGGUGCGUGACCUGCCAGACGAAAACAAGGAGCCCAACACGGGAACGCUGACGCUGCGCCGAGAAAAGAAGGACAAGGAUCGCGACCAGAAGAUGGAGCAGCUGAAGAAGAAAUUGAAGACUGACGAUGACUUGAACUGGGUGGACCACUCCAAGACACUGCGGGAGCUGGGUGUGGAUGAAGACGAGAUGCUGACCUUGCGGCGAAAGUACUUCUUCUCCGACUCAAACGUUGACUCGAGAGACCCCGUUCAGCUCAACCUGCUGUAUGUUCAGGCCCGAGAUGCCAUCCUGAACACGACUCACCCCGUGACACUAGAGGAAGCUUGCAAGUUUGCCGGCCUCCAGUGCCAGAUACAAUUUGGUGACCACAACGAGACCAAGCACAAACCCGGUUUUCUGGACUUGAAGGAGUUCCUGCCCAAGGACUAUGCCAAGAUUAAAGGCAUUGAGAAGAAGAUAUUUGCCGAACACCGCAAGAACAUUGGUACAUCUGAGCUGGAUGCCAAAGUGAAGUAUGUUGCUUUGGCUCGCUCCCUCAAGACUUACGGCGUCACCUUCUUUCUCGUCAAGGAGAAGAUGAAGGGGAAGAACAAACUGGUGCCACGGCUGCUGGGAGUCACCAAGGACAGUGUCAUGCGCCUGGACGAACGCACCAAGGAGAUCAUGAAAGUGUGGCCCUUGACCACCGUCCGCCGCUGGGCUGCCUCACCUAACAGCUUCACCCUGGACUUUGGGGAUUACUCUGAGUCAUACUACUCCGUGCAAACCACCGAGGGGGAGCAGAUCUCCCAGCUCAUUGCAGGCUACAUCGACAUCAUCCUCAAGAAGAAAAAAGCCAAGGACCACCUGGGCAUUGACGGGGAUGAGGGAUCCACCAUGGUGGAGGACAGUGUGUCACCAGCCAAGGCCACCAUCCUGCAGCACACGCCUGCUGCCAAGCCCUCCCAGCCGGCCGUGGGUUCGGUCGCUCUCCCAGCAGUGGUCCGUCCUGGCACCAAAGGGCCCCAGCUGGGCGUCAAGGGCCACAUGCCAGCACCACAGCAGCAGUUGGAGACGGGCCAGGCCAUCAGUGCGCAUAGUGGUGCCACGCCGGCCCAGCAGCCGCACGUGCGGGAGCUGCAGUCAGAGCCGCAGCGUGCCCUGCUGGGCAGCCUGGGUGCGGGUCGUGAUGCCGUGCAGGCCUCACUGCGGGAGCUCGAGGUGCCCCAGGCACGGCCCCAGCUCGGUUCGGACCCAACGUCACUACAGUGGCGCCAGAGCCACCUGGACACGCACCGCCAGAACGUCAGCUCCCAGAUUGCAGCCAUGAAUGCAGCCACCGCGCAGGUCGUCACCCUCACUGCAGGUCCCCCAGAGGAAGUUGACCAGCCAGCUGUUGGAGCAGCUAUCACCACUAUUGCCAGCAAUCUGCCAGAGAUGUCGAAGGACGUGAAGAUGAUAGCUGCCCUGAUGGACGACGAGGACUCUGGCGACAAACUUCUGGAUGCAGCAAGGCGCCUCUGCAAUGCCUUUUCCGACCUGCUUCGCGCUGCAGAGCCUCAGAACAAAGAGCCCCGCCAGAACCUGUUGAAUGCUGCCAGCCGAGUGGGCGAGGCCAGUCAUGCUGUCCUCUACACCAUUGGCGAGGAGGAUGAAGCAGACACGGAGCUUCAGGAUCAGCUUCUGGCUGCAGCCAAGCAGGUUGCCAAUGCAACGGCAGCCCUGGUGCUGCAGGCCAAGAAUGUGGCCUCGACCUGCGACGAUCAGGGCCAGCAGAACAGGGUGAUUGGCGCUGCCACCCAGGGAGCCCUGGCCACUUCCCAGCUUGUAGCCUGCGCUAAGAUAGUGGCACCAACUAUCACAAGCCCCAGCUGCCAGGAGCAGCUGACAGAAGCCUCGAAGGAGGUUGGCAAGAGUGUAGAUGCCAUCGUAGCCAGCUGCGAGGAUGCGACCCACCAGGAACCCCUCCUGUCGGAUCUGCGGGCUGCAGCUGCGCAAGUGAGCCGGGCCCUCGAGGAGCUGCUGUUGCUGAUCCGAGGUGCACCGGAACGGCGUGCGCGGGCCACCGUGGCACAGGACGGUGCGCUGGACACGAUUCUGGACGCCACUGAUCGGCUCUUCUCCAGCACUGGGGAUGCACCCGAGAUGGUGCGACAGGCAAAGGUUCUGGCACGAGCCACAGCCCAGCUGAUCCAAGCCAUCAAGGGUGAAGCUCAAGCUGAGCCAGACUCUGACCAGCAGAAGCGGCUUCUAGCGGCCGCCAAGGUCCUCGCCGAUGCCACUGCCCGCAUGAUUGAAGCUGCCAAGGGCUGUGCCAGCAAUCCGCACGACUCGGAAAACCAGGCUGCCCUGCGGAAGGCGGCUGAGGAACUUCGCAAUGCCACCAAUGUAGCGGCCAGCAAUGCUCUCAAGCGCAAGAUCAUUGUUCGCUUGGAGAAUGCUGCCCGCCACGCAUCUUCGGCCGCAACGCAGAAUAUUGCGGCUGCUCAGAACGCCGGCCCAUACAACAGCAACACAAUGCUUCAGGAAGAGCUCAUGAGCAGCUGCCGGGACGUGGCUGGCGUCAUCCCCCGAGUGGUGCAGGGCAUCAAGGGCACUGUGGCCGAACCCGACAAUCCCAUGGCUCACCACAAGCUGCUCACUUCGUGUCAAGAACUCAUUCCGCCGGCCAGCCAGAUGGUGUCGACAUCCAAGGGCUGUGUGCCUACCAUUGUGGAACCCGCCUGUGCCACCCAGCUGAACAACGCCACCAAGCAGACGUCGUCUGCACUGUCUGACCUGCGCAUAGCCCUUGACAAGGCCCAGGAGACCUGUGGACGUCAGCAGCAGGAAAUUGACAGCGCCUUGGACCGCAUCCGGGAGCUGGACCAGGAGCUGGUGGACAUCCGCCGGGCGGCACUGGCCAACCAGCUGAGGCCCCUGCCUGGCGAGAACAGUGACCUGUGUGCCCUCAAGCUGGGUGCCACAUCCAAGGUGGUUGGAUCCUCCAUGGCCCAGCUGCUCACAGCUGCAUCCCAGGGCAACGAGAGCUACACGGGUACAGCUGCCCGAGACACGGCCAGUGCGCUGCAGCAGCUGGUGGAAGCCGUGCGUGGUGUGGUGGCCACCAGCAGUGAGAGCGGGGCCCAGGCAACGCGUCUCGUAGAGCCUGCCCGCCAGGUGCUGGACCGGUCGUGCCAGCUGCUCGAGGAGGCCCGCCAGGCCGUGCUGCGGCCCGACGAGCCGGACAAGCAGCAGCGGCUGGCACACGUGGCCAAGUCGGUCUCGGCAGCCCUCAACGCCUGCAUCAACUGCUUGCCGGGCCAGAAGGACGUGGACGACGUCAUUCGUACUAUCACCGAGAGCUCACAGGCGCUGAAUGCUCGUGACUUCCCGACCAGCAACCGGUCGUACGGUGAGCUGCAGUCCAACCUGAAUGAAGCCGCAGCGGGACUAAACGAGGCCACUGGCCACGUGGUGCAGUCCUCGCGUGGCAACCCUGCCCAGCUAGCAUCGUCCGUGCGCCACUUUGGCACUGCUUUUGGCAGCUUGCUGGGCUGCGGCAUGGAGAUGGCUGGCCAGACCCAGGACCAAGAGGUGCGCUCCCAGAUGGUGGUGAGCCUGAAGAAUGUGUCGAUGGUGUCGAGCAAGCUGCUGGUGGCAGCCAAGUCAGUGGCGGCCGACCCCAGUGCCCCCAACGCCAAGAACCAGCUGGCUGCAGCUGCCCGCAACGUGACCGAGAGCAUCAACCACCUGGUGGACGUGUGCACCUCGGCUGCACCCGGGCAGAAGGAGUGCGACAGUGCGGUGCGGGCCAUUCAGAUGAUGCGCCCCAUGCUGGAUCAGCCCAACGAACCUGUCAACGACCUCACCUACUACGACUGCCUUGACACCGUGCUGGAACGGUCGAGGAGCCUGGGUGAUGCGAUGACUGGUAUAGCCAACCAUGCCAAGCGUGGUGAGCAUGAGCAGUUCAGCGAGAGUGUGCGGGAAGUGUCCAGUACCAUCUGCACCCUGGUGGAGUCUUCUGCCCAGGCGGCAUACUUGGUGGGCGCAUCAGACUCCUCCAGCAUGGCGGGCAAGCCCGGUCUGGUAGACCUGUCACACUUUGCACGGGCUAGCCAGGCCAUCCAGAUGGCGUGCCAGCAGCUCUCCAACCCAGCCAGCAGCCAGCCACAGAUCUUGUCAGCAGCUACAGUGAUCGCCAAGCACACAUCGUCUCUCUGCAACGCUUGCCGAGUUGCCUCGUCUAAAACCACCAAUCCUGUUGCGAAGCGCCACUUUGUCCAGUCAGCAAAGGAUGUUGCAAGUGCCACGGCCAGCCUCGUCAAGGAAAUCAAGGUGCUGGACCAGGACCCAAGCGAUGCCAACAGGCAGCGGUGUGGAGAGGCUACUCGGCCACUGAUCGAGGCCGUGGACAGCCUUACCACAUUUGCCAGCUCCCCUGAAUUUGCUGGUGUGCCUGCCAAGAUCAGCCACAAGGCCAGGGCGGCCCAGGAACCUAUCACGGCAGCUGGGCGGGCCAUCAUUGAUGGCUCGUGCAGCAUGAUACGGUCGGCCAAAUCCCUGGUGUUGAACCCAAAGGACCCACCAGCCUGGCAAAGCCUGGGCGCCCAUAGCAAGGAGGUCUCGGAUGGCAUCAAGAGGCUCGUUUCGUCCAUCAAGAAUGAGGCCCCCGGUCAGAAGGAGUGCGACGAGGCCAUUGACAAGUUGAAUGCCGCCAUCCGGGAACUGGACCGUGCGUCGCUCAGCAUCCUCAGCCAGGACACCACACACCAGGCCGACAGCAGCCUCCUCAAGACUUAUCAGCAGCAAAUGGAGUCAAGUGCCUCAGAGAUCUUGGACGUCAUCGAGCCACUUCGGUACGCUGCGAAGGGAGAACCUGAGAAGCUGGGACACACGGUGAACCAGGCAGUUGGCUACCUGAGCCCGCUGGUGCAGAAUGUCAUAGCCGGGGCUUCUCACACUCUGCACUCCAAGCGCCAGAUGGCUCUGCUUGACCAGACCAAGACUGUGGCAGAGGGCAUGCUGCAACUGGUCUACGCAUCCAAGCAGGCUGCUGGCAACCCGAAGGCGGUGCACGUGCACGGUGACGUGGACGAGGCGGCAGACAAUGCCCGGGAUGCCCUGCAGGAGCUUCUGCGCACCCUGGAGUCUGCAGCCACCGAGGCCGGCGUGGUCACGGGCCUCGUCGAGUCUGUCAGCAAGGCCAUGUACCGGCUGGAAGAGCGCUCCACCAUCACCAUCAGCGGCUUGCGCACCAGUGGCAGCUAUGGUGGUGGUGUGGUGGAGCCGGAGCUGUCAUACGUGGACUACCAGACGCGCAUGGUUCGGUCGGCCAAGGAGGUGGCUCGAGUGGCGCAGGACAUGGUCACCCACGCCAGCCACGACCCGUCCCGCCUCACACCACUGGCUGCCGACCUGUCGCACCACUACGCUGCCCUGGCUGGGGAUGCUCGAGGGGCCAUGGCAACCAGCACCAGCGUGGAGGUUCCCGGACGAAUUCGUGCUGGGGUGCAAGACCUGGGCAAGGCGUGCAUCAGCCUGACCAAGUCAGCCGGCGCUUGCCAGAGCAGCCCCGGGGACAUCUACACCCAGCGGGAGCUGGCUGAGAACGCCCGCUUCGUCUCGGAAAAGGUGUCGCACAUCAUGGCAGCCCUGCAGGCUGGCUCACGAGGCACCCAGGCCUGCAUAAACGCAGCCAGCACUGUGAGCGGCAUCAUUGGCGACUUGGACACGACCAUCAUGUUUGCCACUGCGGGCACCCUGCACUCAGAGAAGGAGGGCGACCAGUUUGUCGACCACCGGGAGAACAUCCUCAAGACGGCCAAGGCCCUGGUGGAGGACACCAAGACCCUGGUGGCCGGCGCAGCAUCCAGUCAGGAACAGCUGGCUGUGGCUGCGCAGAAUGCCGUCUCUACCAUCGUGCAGCUGGCCGAGGCAGUCAAGCUGGGCGCAGCCUCACUGGGCGCUCACAACCCGGAAGCCCAAGUGCUGCUGGUCAAUGCCGUCAAGGACGUCGCUGCGGCCCUGGGUGACCUGGUGCAGGCCACCAAGGCAGCCUCAGGCAAGGGCAUCGACCACCCGGCCAUGGCGCACCUCAAGGACUCGGCCAAGGUGAUGGUGACCAACGUAACAUCGUUGCUGAAGACCGUACGCGCUGUGGAGGAUGAGCAUGCUCGUGGCACGCGUGCCCUUGAGUCUACCGUGGAGGCCAUUUCGCAAGAAGUUCGGGCAUUUGACUCGAGUGAGCCGCCCCUGCGGCAGGCCAGCCCCGAGGACCUGGUGCGUGCCACGCAGCCUGUGACGCUGGCCACUGCCAAGGCUGUGGCAGCUGGCAACAGUGGACAGCAGGGAGACGUCAUUGUGGCCGCCAACAUGGGCCGAAAGGCCAUCUUUGAUCUCCUGUCAGUCACCAAGUCUGCAUCCUGCCUAGCCGAGACCCAAGAGCUCAAGUCCCGAGUGCUCACCUCGGGCCGGGAGUGUGCCAUACGCUACCGGGAGCUGCUCCAACUCGUGCUCGAGGUUGUCCAUAAGCCUACUGUGGAGGGUAAACAGGCACUGGUGUCGACAUCACGCAACAUUGCUGCAGCCGUCACAGACAUAGUUGCAGCUGCUGAAGCCCUUAAAGGUACUGACUGGGCCGACCCGAAUGACCCAACAGUGAUCGCGGAAACAGAGCUGCUGGGCGCUGCAUCUUCAAUUGAAGCAGCUGCUCGAAAGCUGGCCAACUUGCAGCCACGCAGGAGUGUCAAGGAAGCAGACGAGAGCCUCAACUUUGAUGAGAUGAUCCUGGAAGCGGCCAAGUCGAUCACAGCUGCCACAUCUGCCUUAGUGCGGGCUGCCUCAGCUGCCCAGAGGGAGCUUGUCGCAGCUGGCAAGCUGGGUGAGCGGUUACCAUGCAGUUCGGUGGAUGGCCAAUGGUCUGAGGGCUUGGUGUCUGCGGCUCGCCUCGUGGCAGCGGCCACCCACAGCCUGGUGGAGUCUGCCAACUGGCUGGUGCAGGGCCAGGCGUCUGAAGAAAAGCUCAUCUCCUCAGCCAAGCAGGUGGCCAGCUCCACGGCACAGCUGCUUGUCGCUUGCAAGGUGAAAGCGGAGCCAGACUCGUCAUCAAUGCGAGGCCUGCAGGCAGCAGGCAAUGCAGUGAAGCAGGCCACAGAUCACCUGGUGCGUGCAGCUCAGCGAUCCAUUGCACAGGAACAGGAGUUCCGGCUGGUCAUCAACCAACGCAUGGUUGGCGGCAUUGCCCAGGAGAUUGGCGCUCGCGAGGAGAUCCUGCGCAAGGAGCGGGAACUGGAGGAGGCCCGCGAGCGCCUCGCACAGCUGCGGCGGGCUAAGUACGGCAGUGCUGGUGAUGGCAUGCUCUAGCCAUGCUGUCACAUCAGCCAAGGUUGUUUUGCUUUGUGGUACAGUGAUCUGGAAUAUGGGCAGUAGUCGCCGUACCCUUCAUUUUUGAAUGCUGUUUAAAAGCAUAUGCAUCAUUAUGCUGACAGGACAUGAAGUGUCUUAGAAUAGCGUUUGAAAGCAAGCGUAAAUGUCUUACGUACAAAAGCACAGAAAGUUGGGCAAGUUGGCGUAUACUCGCGGUUAGAAUAUUGAAAGCAACACGAAUAAAUCUUGGCAAAGGGGCACAGAAAAGGACAUGGCAAGCUUGUCUUGUCCCUAUCUCUGCCUCUCUCUCUGUCCGCAUUUAUUUCUCAUUGCGUUUAGCAUUCUUACAAACGUAAUGAAAAAGCGUUAGCAUACAUCAGUUUAAGGUGCACACAAUGUUUUUUUUUUGUUUUUUUUGGGGGGGGGGGGGGGUAGUCAAACAUGGCAGCACUCGUGACUCCCAUUUCAGUGUGAAUUGACCUGAUGGCUGCGCUCUCACUAUCAUUGAUCAGCAAUACAUGGUGAAAUAAGCUGUUGCUUUCUCUAAGCUUGCCAGAAAUACUAGUAAUGAGUUACUAGCACGCCCAAUUUGUGAAAUCCUUGGGCAAUUCUGGUUUCCCUAGGCCUUACGAGGCACGUCAGCUCAGAGACGACAGGAUAGUUGCUAAUGAAUUGUCUAAUUUGUCUUGGCUUGGACAUGUUGCGCACGAGACACCAGAAUGCAUCCCAUCUUUUAACAUUUUGUUUACAUUUGGGGUCCUGCACGUACGACCAAAUGGAAUCCCCAGUGGAGCAUCUCGUAAAGUGCUUGCGUUUAACGAACUUAACGCACCGAACGCUAUUUUAAAGCUGUCCAUCAGGUCGGUGAUUUUCCAGCCAGGGCCAUCUUUUCUGUUGAGUAGGCGCUGCCGCUGAGGCAAACAGGGUAACUUCUGUAGCAACUUCGGCAAGUAACUGGUUUUAGCGUGAUUCCAGUGGCAUAUUUUGAGUCUGAUGAGUACCAGCUAAUAAGUGUGACUAGAAGAAGCAAGUACAAAAUCCUUCUUGUUGCUGGUUCCUUAUAUGGAGAUUGUAUGAUAACUUGAGGUUGUCACUCAUAUGCAAUACGGAAAGGAUUAUGCUAGAUCAUGAAUUGUUAUGGCCUACGAACCUGUAUUUGAGAUCACUGUACUUUAUUAAGGCUGGUCUCAGGACAAGUUAGUUUACUAAAUGGAGACUGCAAGCUGGUCCUGCUUUCUUGGCAAAGCAACUGGUGCUGCAGUAUGUAACAGUUUCAUGUCUCACCUUGUGAUGUUCGAUGGCGACUGUCUCCUUAUGUAAGGAACACGGUAAUGCAAGUGCCAAGUUGUUUUAACAUGCCUGUGUAGAAGCAGGACUGAGCAUUUAAUUUUGUGCAUAUGCUUGCAUUCAGUGUCUUGUACCUUGAGGUUUGUGCGGAUACUCCACAGGAAGCGUUCUUUACGAUUUUUGUGUUCAGAACAAAUGCUUUCAGUUGUCAACAACUCAGAAUAGAUUAGUCUCUUAGUUUUAAGUACAUAUGCUUAUCAUGCCACAGUUUACUUACUAGCAGAUUGAGUUUUGUAGCAUUGAAUGUGUCAAACAUUUGGUAACACUUAUUCUUAUGUAUUUACUUUGGAUUGAGCUGAUGCAUCUUCUCUAUGGUGCAGAUUGUAGUGUGGCAAUAUUGUGCCUGGCUAAGAAGCCAGACGGUCUGUGGAAAGAGUGUUCUGCCUAUCUUUUUCCCAACUUGUUUCUGGAAAUACUAUUCCUUACAAACUGUUAAAAUACUGUCAAAGUGCCUUGUACUUGGGCGUGAUUGCCCUACUUACAGCCUCAGAUUCACACCUGUGACAUCCAUAACCAUCGUGCCUGCAAAUAAAGUGUGAUAAGCUA